GUUUCUUUCCGCCGCUGGUCCCCACCCGCCGCUCCGGAGCACGAUGGUUUCUCCGGGAAGCACCGGGUCCGCUGUCGCCGCUUCCUCCCUUCCUCGUCACCCUCCUACUGAGCCACCGCGGCGACCGUUGGGUAUCCAAUAACCAACAUGUCCAGCAAAAAGGCAAAGACAAAGACCACCAAGAAGCGCCCUCAGCGCGCCACUUCCAAUGUAUUUGCGAUGUUUGAUCAGUCUCAGAUUCAGGAGUUCAAGGAGGCCUUCAACAUGAUUGACCAGAACAGGGAUGGCUUCAUUGACAAAGAGGACUUGCAUGAUAUGCUUGCCUCCCUUGGAAAGAAUCCAACAGAUGAAUACCUAGAUGCCAUGAUGAAUGAGGCUCCAGGCCCUAUAAAUUUCACGAUGUUCCUCACAAUGUUUGGUGAGAAGUUAAAUGGCACCGACCCGGAAGAUGUAAUCAGGAAUGCUUUUGCUUGCUUUGAUGAAGAAGCAACAGGGUUCAUCCAAGAAGACUACCUGCGAGAGCUACUCACCACGAUGGGAGACAGGUUCACAGAUGAGGAGGUAGAUGAGCUGUACAGGGAGGCUCCCAUCGACAAAAAGGGGAACUUCAACUACAUUGAGUUCACACGCAUCCUGAAACAUGGAGCAAAAGACAAGGAUGACUGAGCAGAUCCUCAGAUAACUCCAGAUAGCUUUUCCCCUCCCCCUGUCCCUUCCCCCUGUUAGUUUUAUUUCUCAGGAUCUGUUUUUCUCUUUUUUCCUGUUGGGACCUUUUGCAUACAUUUUUAGCAUUCCAGCUUUUUACCUCUGUGGACUCUGGGCCUGCUCAGGCAUACCUGUACCUUUGUAGUAAGACUGUACAUGGACAGGGAGGGAGGACAGCUUACAGUGAUAGAGGUUUAGGGACAAAGAUCAGUGAGUGUACAGGCCCAGGUAAAAAUGUCAGUGCUACUCACCCUAGGUAGAUUCAUUUCACAGUUUUAAUGGUAGCUUUUCAAAUAAAACUGCUAUAUUAAGCACAUCAUUAAAAUUUUCACGCUAGAAGUGGACUGUUUAAUCAUCUGUAAAUAUUUUUGCAACUGUAUGCAGUCAUGUUGUUACCUAUUUUUGCCUUAAAAAUGAAGCAUAAGUCACUUAAGUAUACUGAUGUUUGUACUUCAGCAACUUCACUUACUACUGUGAGCACAUACAAUGAAGAAAGCCUGUCCUUCAAAUUUUACUACACUGUAAAUUAAUAAUUUCUGUCCAGGACUUGCACAUUAAACAUUUGAAAUCCUA